ACUAACUGCCACCAGUUCCUUAAUACUUUAUUUUCCAUACCACCAGACUUUGCCACAGCAACGCGUGGCCGAGCACAGCUUAUAUAUAUGUGUGUGUGUGUGUGUGUGUGUUUUUGUGCAUUAACAUAUCUUUGUCCCUAACAGUUCAAAGACAUAUCUAGGUAUAUCGGUUUAACAACUAAAAAAUCCAAUUGCCUUGCAUGAAUACUAGUUGAUAUUUACCGCUAGGGAGUAGGUCGACUCAAGGGAGUUUUUAACUCUUUUCAGGGAGAUUUCCAUUUCCCAAAAGCUUAUCGUGAGUGCCAUUCUCCAAAAGGCUAUGGCAUCAUUUUCCCAAAAGGUUAUGAUUUCUAACAAGGUCAUGCUUUUCCAAAGAUCAUAAUUUCUCCAAAAGUUUUUGCAAGCUUUUAGCCUUCUCUGUCAAAAAGUGCUGGUGCCCCACCAAAACCACAACUCCCAGAAAUUCAUAGCAACAAGCCAUGGCAGCUAAAGUGGGUUCAGACUGCAUUCAUUCUACAGACAAGGGCAUUAACCCUUUUCUGUCAUGGUUCUCCUUAUGAUAGGCUCUAAGUCUGAAGAAGCCUAGACUAAAGUAGCCUCUUACUUCUAAAUGUAUUCUCCAGAUCUUGGAGAAAGGAGAGGGGGAAAUCCAGUGCUAGGGAAAGCGUGGGUUAAAGUUUCCCAGCCUGUCAGGUCCUCCUGCUGCUUUGCUUAAGAAAACUUGGCAGGGAGGGGGCAGAGAAGCAAGAAUUUAAAAGGCAGAAUUUUUUUCUACUUGUUCAAAAUUGACAUCUAUUUCUUCUUUGCUCCCCUUACAGGAGGCGUCUCUGCAGAGCUGAUGCGCCAGAGCUGUCUGUGCUCUCCCAGAUGGGCACAUCAGUCAGACGCUGCAGACCGGCACCGCUUUCUUGAGAAAUCCUGGCGCUUGGAAAGUCUCCAAAGAGUGAGAGAAAUAUUUGGAUAUACCUCUACGGUGGUUUUUCUCUCUCCUGCUUUCUCUCAAUCUCUAUCUCAGAAGAAAUGAGCCCAGAUGUCCGGGAGAUGAUUUUUGGCCUGGGAUGCUUGCUCCUUUAUUGUACUUUGGAAAAUGAUGCCAGUCCAGGUCCAGGUCCAGGUGGUCCGGAUGGCUUCUGUCCAUUUCAUGGGAGGAAGUACAAAGCAGGGGAGAGUUGGCACCCGUACCUGGAGCCCCAAGGGGUGAUGUACUGCCUCCGAUGCACCUGCUCCCAGGACACCAGUGUGAGCUGUUACCAGAUCCAGUGCCCAGCUCUUCAGUGCCAAAAUCCUAUCAAAGACCCUCGCAGUUGUUGCCCAAAAUGCCCAGAGUUUCAGGCGCCCUCCGGAUUCCAGCUGCCCGUCAACUCCUCCUGCCGGUACAACGGCACAACAUACCGACAUGGCGAGAUUUUCACCAACAGCGAACUCUUCCCUUCCAGGCUGCCAAACCAGUGCACCCAGUGCAGCUGCUCGGAGGGUCAGAUCUACUGCGGUUUGGUGACUUGCCCAGAGCUGCCGUGUGCCUUGCCACAGACCCUCCCGGACUCCUGCUGCCAAGUCUGCAGAGAUACACCCCGUGAGAGGUUGAUAGACGAGUCCUCAUUCAGAGGUGUUAUGCAUUCGCGGCACCAGUGCACACCCGGCGCCAGGAGGAAAGGGUCACUCGACCUGGUGGAUCCCCCGACAGGCGCUUCGCUGGAAUUGGUCCCCAGGAAUAUCAGGACAACCAAAGGGAGAAGCGGCACCACCGUCAGAAUCAUCCUGAAAGAGGAGCACAAGAAGGCAUGUGUUUACAACGGGAAAACCUACUCUCAUGGGGAAGUGUGGCACCCCACAGUCCGCUACGUAGUGCGCCUGCCGUGCAUCUUGUGUACCUGCCAGGAUGGAAGCCAAGACUGCCAGAAGGUUGUUUGCCCCAAAAAAUACCCCUGCGAAGAACCUGAAACUGUAGAUGGAAAAUGCUGCAAAGUCUGCCCAGAGGACAAAGAGGUGCCCACAGCUGAACCCGGUCCCGCCAAGUGCAGAGUCUCUCUCUACAUGUUUGUUCCCAGCUCCGAAAACCCCAAAGAGAACCUGAGGAAGAUUGCCAUCGAGAGGGAGUCCUCAGAAGACGUGGAAAUCUACAUCUGGAAAUUUGUGAAAGGCAUAUUCCAUUUGAUGCAGAUCAAGAAGGUCAAGAAGCAGGAGUUCAAGCAAGAAGUACAGAAUUUCCGGCUGGUUUCCAGGACGAACGAAGCUUAUUGGAACAUGUUCCUGCUCCAAGUGCCGGAAGUCCAGGUGACCGCCAGUCCGGACAAAGAAACAAACAACUUGUAAAAAAGGGGGAGAGAAAAAAAAGUAUAUUGAUAUUAAUAUAUACGAGGAAAGUUGCAUUACCAAACUAUCACACCAGUUACAGGAAAGACAAUCAAUAGCUCCCGCUGUAAUGGAAAAUAUGAGGAAAACUACUGAUUCUGAUCUAAUAUGGCAAUAUGGUCACUUGUAUUCAUAGGACAGCAACACACCACUCAAAUCCACACGAAAACAAUAGGAAUGGCUGCUGAAAUCUACAGGACAACAAUGUGACUGAUCACAUCUCCUUUGCUUUUUCCCUGCCUUCCCAAAUGCUGCAAGAGGGAACAGGCUGGACUGCUUUCGGUGAAAGGAAAGAAGAAGGAAAAUGGAGAGCAGUUCUAUCCCUUUGUAGGGUGAUGGCCCAAAAGACUGCAAGUACAUCUUGAUCCCAUUGAUACGACAACUUCUCUGGGAUUAUGGAAGGAGCAAACUGGCAUGGGAGAGGGUUUAUAGGACAGGAAAUGCUUCCCUGAGUGGACUGAGCUCCUUCCAGAUGCAUUGGACGACAACUCCCAUAAUCCCCAGACAGCAAUUGACUGUGGGAUUGUGGUCCAAGGCAUCUAGAGCAGGCAUGGGCAAACUUGGGCCCUCCAGGUGUUUUGGACUUCAACUCCCACAAUUCCUAACAGCCGGUUGGCUGUUAGGAAUUGUGGGAGUUGGAGUCCAAAACACCUGGAGGGCCCAAGUUUGCUCAUGCCUGAUCUAAAGCAGUGGUUCCCAAACUAUACAUAAAACAAUCCAGAAUAUAUCGGUGCGCUUUUUGGAGUCCACCUCCUUGAAGAUUUUUAAACAGAGGCUGAAUGGCCAUCUGCCAGGAAGGCCUGGAUUGUGUUCUCUUCCAUUGGCCAAAUGGGGUCGGACUGGAUGGCCCUUCCAAACCUAGGGUUUCAUUAUCCGUUAUGGUGAAGCCAUAAUGAUAUCAUAGAAUCGUAGAGUUGGAAGACACCUCAUGGGCCAUCCAGACCAACCCCAUUCUGCCAAGAAGCAAGAAAAUUGCAUUGAAAGCAUCCCUGACAGAUGGCCAUCCAGACUCUGCUUAAAAUAUCAUCAGAGUUUGAGGUUGAUGUCAGAAUUUGAAAACUGGGUAGCAUAUUUGAAACAAAUGUGGAAGUUGGAGUGUUUUGAUGUUACAAACAGUGCUUUCAGAAAAGUAAAGUGAAGGGAUUUCACCAGGCAGGAAGCAGCGAGGCUAUUCAAUGCUAAUCAAGGUGGCCAGUUGUAAUAUUCACACUUGUCUCAAGCAGACAAGAGUUCUUUCGCCCACCCUGGACAUCAUUCCACAGAUAUAUAAACCCCACUUGCCUAGUUUCCAACAGACCUCACCACCUCAGAGGAUGCCUGCCGUAGAUGUGGGCGAAACGUCAGGAGAGAAUGCUUCUGGAACAUGGCCAGACAGCCUGGAAAAAUCACAGCAACCUAAAAUAGCAGUUGUCUGUUAUGUCCCUAAUUGGGAACUAGUCCCGGUGAGAACAACCUUUCCUGCUCUAGUGCAUUUCUAUGGCACCUUCCCUCGCUCAUAAGUUCAGCACCAUGGAUAGCUCCUGGUAAAGUACAAUGUAAGACCUGGAGUGGAUUUACAACCCCACUGACAUGGAAUUGAAGUCCAAAAGACCUGGAGGGAGGGCUGAGGUUUGCUGCCUACUUAGGUAGGUAGUAACAGCCAGUAGGCUGUUAGGAAUUGUGGGAGUUGAAGUCCAAAACACCUGGAGGUUAGGUUCUUGGGACUAGAGAGGCAUCCCAGUGAAAUCAGGCUUGGAAUUUGUUUUAAUUUACUUAUGAUUAUGAUGAAGAUACAGUUUGGCCUGGAAACAUCAAUAACCCCCAUUUAAAACCAAAUCCUAUUCUCACUCUCUUUUUGCUUUUGGUCAUGUCAGUACAAAUUUACCCAAGAGUCUCUUCUGUACAUUUACUAUAAUGUUUUAGCACAUUACUAUGCAAUAGCUGUAAAUCUCACACCUUUCUCUACUGUAUUGCAUAUGCACAAGGGCUGCAUUGUCCGGAGAAAGCUCUGUCUUUCCAUCCACCCAAGGGGAGAGUUUGCUCACAGCAUCUCCUUUCAUGUCCUUUGGAAAAACUGCUUUAGGGGGUUGAUAUUCACAGACUGAUCUAUGUAUUUAUGCCCGUUUCCUUUGCGGUGUUUUUCAAAAAUAUUUAUUUGGAGCGAUUUGGAUUGCUACAUUGGAUUAAACUAGUUUUUGAAACAAAA